UAUUAAAUUAAUGUGUAGCAGUUUGCAGUAAAUUUUAAACAGUGCGUACUUACACAGCAAGAAAUAGUAUUCAAUUUGUGCUCCCGCCCUGCAAGUCAGCAAGUCAUCGGCAAUCAAUCAAUCCGCUAUCGGCUGUCCUAGCAUGCUUCCUAUGUGGAUAAUAAAUUGUGAUCGCAGUCAUUACGCAUACUUCUGCUAACAUUUCGCAGUCGUUCUGAAUCGGUCCUUUUGUAGACAUUAUUCAAGUUUUAAUACUAUAGCCUCUGCCAUUUGUACGGGUAUCUGUAGUUCAAGUUAACAAGACCAAACCGAUGCAUUUUUCCAGGGAGCUGGUCGGUGGUUUUGAGCACUUCUUUGCCGUAAUCAGCAUGACGAUGGUGGCUUGUUAUUUUGCAUGUCAACCGGUUGCGCCAAAAUGUUAUCAAUAUAUCACCUGUGGUCCGACGUACGAAGCCUUAAUGGAAGUCUUGACCGAGGCCGAUCGUACUAAGAAAGACGACACUGUCUACCUCGCAUUUGCCCGUUCCAGAGCGGCUGCAGAAAAGGUCACUCCAGUGCUUCCCAAGCCGGAAUCCAUCUUCAUCGUCCCCAUGCCGAACGUGACGGUCAGCCGGUUCGACGAUGCGACAUUUAAUUGUACUUUCAAUCGCACAUUCCCCUUCGAUAACUCGUGGGGAGAUUUUAUGUGGCGGCUCAAUUCCAGGAUAAUACGUGCUCCGAAACGACACCCGUUUUAUGGGUUUGAACGGCACAGAAUGCAAGGCGGCUGGCAUGGCAAACAUUUCCCUCUGUACAAUAUAUCCACGGCCACGUAUUUACGGACAGACACCUGGACACAUCCCGAUCGGAUGGCGGCCGUGUAUUGGACCCUGUUUGUAGUGCGCAACGUGGACCUUUACAAGUCGGCGCGGGUCGAAUGUUGGGUGCGCAGCGAUCCACGUGAUGAGUGGUGGAUGGUGCAAGGGGCUUACCUUCAUGUCAACUGGCAGACGUCCAUAUAACCGCGUGCGCGGGCAAGGGAACGGAGCCUCGGGAAGUUGUACUUACUUAUUAUUACCUUCCGUUUGCUGGCUGGAAGUGGAUCAUAACAAACGGCUGAAGAAAAGCGAUGCUUUAAAUUAUUUCUACGAUGAUUUAAAUUAUACCCGUUAUUUCUAUUUAAUAUUUCCAUUAUUUUUUCAUUGUUUCUUAUUUGUUGCUAUAAAUCACAUACAAAACUAAUAAUGCUAUUUUUGUUGCAACUUAUGCAUCGUCAUGUACGGUACCUACUUGUAUUGUCAAUAAUGGUCUUCAAAAUUCACUGCUGGGUUUGUGUCUUCAUGCAGCCGCAAUUUUAAUACACCAUUUGUCAUGACUUUCAUAUUUGGCAUAAAU